GCCGGAUUGUAUUAUUUGCAGUCAGUUAGUGAGAAUAUAUUGAAUUGGAGUUUAAUAUAAAACCCCAUAAUGAAGUUUGUAGUAUCAAUAAUAUGUUUGGGUUACUUCAUUGUAAUGGUAAACUGUAAAUUGGAUAGAAAAGACUUUGGACCACAUCUGCAUGAAGUGAUAGAUGAAUCUCAUAACAGGUGUCAAAGAAUGACUGGUGCUAGUGAGGCUCUUAUCGAGGAAAUGAAAAAUGGCCGCUUUCCUGAAGAUAUGACUAUCAAGAGAUACACUUACUGCCUCUGGAUGAUUGUUAUGGGAUUACGUGAAGAUCUUGUUUUGGAUUCAAGAAAAAUGUAUUAUUACAUACCUGAUAUGCACAAGGAAGAUGCAGUUCACUAUAUGAAAUGUAAUGAAGAGGCAAGAAAAUUACCCGGUGAUGACCUUGUUGAGAAAAUUUGGAAUAUGCAAAAAUGCGUCCAAAAAACUAUUGACGAAAAACAUUACGUAUGGUUCUAAAAUGAUUCUUAAGAAAAGAGGUUAACAAUUUCACAGCAACGGACAAUUUAAAAGUACUAAUAAAGAAAUGAAUAAAA